UAGUCGCGCUCUAGUCGCAAACCCGCGCUCGUGUCGUUCAAACGUCCAUAUCUGACCUCGUGCAUAUAAUAAAACUUUCCUAACUUUCGCACGUCGAUUGUGUGUGCUGUUGUUUUGUUGUUGCCAGUGAGUGUUUUAUGUUGAUGUGUGUUGUGUGAAGAUGCAGGCCGCUGGAGCGGCGUUGCUGAUUGCGCUGGUCGUCGCAACCGCCGCACAAAUUGAUCCCAAGCAUACGGACUUAUCAGGCGACACAAUAUGUCCAAAUGGCAUGUUCAAAUGUCCUGAGGGCAAGUGCAUACCGGCGUUAUGGGUGUGCAACUACCAGCGUGACUGCGACAAGGGAGAGGACGAGUUCCAAUCGUGCCCUCCACCAGAAUGCGAGGCGGGCCAGCUGACGUGCGGCCAGUACGUGUGGAACAAAACAUACUGCCUGCCGCCGCACUACCGCUGCGACAUGCACGUCGACUGCGUCGACGGCACCGACGAGGCGGAAUGCACAUACCGGAAGUGUCUACCAGAUGACUUCCAGUGCGGCGUGGAGGGUGCUAGCAGUGGCAAGAUCUCUUCACAGGGGCCCUGCAUACCUAAAGACAAAAAAUGCGACGGGUACUUAGACUGUAGAACGGGUAAAGACGAGCAAGAUUGUCCGGGCAACGGCAUCCCGUGCCGACUGGACCAGUUCAGGUGCGCGUCAGGGAACAAGUGCGUCGACGCGACGGCCAAGUGCGACCACAAAGAUGACUGCGGCGACAAUUCGGAUGAAGCUCUAUGCAAUUUCCCAGCGUGUCAUAUCGGACAGUUCAGGUGCACUAACUCGCUGUGUAUCCCGGCAACAUACCACUGCGACGGAUACAAAGACUGUUCAGACGGCUCGGACGAGGCCAACUGCACCGCGGUUGCGUGUCCCGACAACAAGUACCUCUGUCCCAAGGGCGGCGCCGGCGGAGCGCGCAAAUGCAUCUCCAGGUCUCAGCUGUGCGAUGGAAAGAAGGACUGCGAAGACAACGCUGAUGAAGAGGAAGCCUGCUCGACGGUGUCCUGCCCGGCGCUGGAGUGCGAGUACAAGUGCGUGGCGUCGCCGGCGGGCGGCGCGUGCAGCUGCGCGGCGGGGCUGGCGCUCGCGGCCGACAACCGCACGUGCGUGGACCGCGACGAGUGCAAGGAGUGGGGCUACUGCCACCAGCUGUGCGUCAACACGCCCGGCUCGUACGAGUGCGCGUGCGCGCCCGGCUACGCACUGGUGGGCGGGCAGCGCUGCGCCGCCGUGGGGCCGGGCGGCGCGGGCGGCGCGGGCGGCGCGGGCGGCGCGGGCGGCGGGGACGGCGCCGCGCUGGCGCUGGCACAUGAGCGCGCCGUGCUACGCAUGGACCUUCACGGCCGCGCGCCCGCGCCCAUCGCCAACGCUACCGCCGCCGCCGGCCUCGACUACCACUACAAGAAGAACCUGCUCUUCUGGUCCGACCUCAAGACUAGGAAGAUCCACUCACAGCCGCUGAACGCGCCGGCGGGACUGAGCAGCUACGCGGACAGCGACAUUUCGGUGGCGGGCUCGUGGGCGCCAGUAGCGCUGGCCGUGGACUGGGUGGGUGACAAGCUGUACGUGGCCGACGCCAUCGGACAAAAGGUCGACGUGUUCGAAUUAGACGGCCGCUGGCACGCCGUUGUACUCGGCUCAAACCUCACCAGCCCCGCCGACCUCGCGCUCGACCCCACGCUCGGCUUUAUGUUCGUCGCUGACAGUAGCCAGAUUAUUCGAGCUAAUAUGGACGGAACGCACGCGAAGUCAAUAGUAUCAGAAGCGGCUUACAAGGCCUCCGGUAUUGCUGUAGAUAUUAUAGCUAAGAGAGUAUUUUGGUGCGACUCACUUUUAGAUUAUAUAGAAACUGUAGAUUAUGACGGAAACCAUAGGUUCUUAGUUUUAAGGGGUCAGCAGGUACCCAGCCCUUCUAGAUUAGCUUUAUUCGAAGACAGGGUAUACUGGUCGGACAGCACGAAACAGGGCAUCAGCUCGGUCAACAAAUACGAAGGUUCUGCCAGUAUACAAGCCAUAUAUAAAAUGAAAGAUAUUAGAGAUCCCAAAGCUAUAACUGUGAUACAUUCUUUAAAACAAACUUCUGUAAAUAAUCCAUGCGGUAACAACAAUGGUGGUUGUGCUCAGAUGUGUAUUGUGACGGCACUCCCGAACGGCGGAUUGGGCUACCGAUGCGCCUGUAACAUCGGAUAUAGGUUAGAAACGGACUUAAGAAACUGUGAUCUUGUACAAGAGUUCCUCAUGUAUUCUCAACAGAGGUUUAUAAAGGGGAAAGUAUUGAAUCCCGUCAUAGAAGGCUUCAGCGAGGCCAUACUCCCUGUGGUUUCUAAGAGAGCCAGGUUCGUAGGAUUGGAUUUUGACUCGAAAGACGAACAUAUAUAUUACUCUGACGUGUUACAAGAUGUUAUUUAUAGAGUACAUAGGAAUGGAACAACGAAAGAAAUUGUAUUAGCAUCUCAAAACGAGGGCGUCGAAGGUCUAGCUGUGGACUGGGCGUCCAAAAAUUUGUACUAUAUUGAUUCAAGGAAAGGUACACUGAAUGUAUUAUCAACUAGAAACGUUUCAUAUCGGAGAACACUCCUGAAAGACUUGAAGAGGCCACGUGCUAUUGUAGUACAUCCAAACAAAGGUUAUAUCUUCUUUUCGGAGUGGGAUCGUCCCGCUAACAUCAGCAGAGCCAACACUGAUGGUACUGGUUUACUUGUAUUUGAGAAUGUUACCCUUGGUUGGCCAAAUGGUCUUUCUAUAGAUUUCGAUACCGACCGACUGUACUGGUGUGACGCUUUAUUAGACCAUGUUCAGCAUUCGAAACUAGACGGCACAGAUGUACAGACAGUAAACUCCAGAUUAAUAAGACAUCCUUUCUCCAUUGUUAUUCAUAAAGAGUUCAUGUAUAUAACUGACUGGAGGUUGGACGCCAUUAUACGUCUUCAUAAACUGACUGGUGAACAAGAAGACGUAAUGGUUCGGGAGCCUCAAACGAACCGGCUCUAUGGUGUGAAAGUAUAUAGCGAGGCAGUCCAGAAAAUAGAUCCCAUGCAGCCUUGCGCUAGAAGUAAUGGAAAUUGCCAAAAACUUUGCUUCGCCGUACCGAGGAACAAUACAGAAUUAUUGACGGUGAAGUGUGGUUGUCCCUACGGGGAGAAAUUGGCUCCCGAUGGUACGAGUUGCGUGGCGGACCCUAACUCGGAGCCACCGGUGCGCGCGUGCCCAAAUACCUGGGACUUUACUUGCAACAACCAACGGUGCAUCCCCAAAAGUUGGGUUUGCGAUGGAGACGAUGACUGCUUAGAUAACAGCGACGAGGAAUUCGCCAAUUGCACCAAAUCAACAUGCAGCGCGUCGGAAUUUAUGUGCAAGUCCGGACGCUGUAUCCCAACAACGUUUAAAUGUGACUCUGAGAACGACUGCGGUGACUUUUCGGAUGAGACGGGCUGCAUUAACGUAACAUGCAGCUCGUCGCAGUUCCAGUGCGACAACGGCCGCUGCGUGCCUAAUACGUGGAAGUGCGACUCGGAGAACGACUGCGGAGAUGGUUCCGAUGAAGGCACACAUUGCGCCGAGAAGACUUGCGCUUACUUCCAGUUCACGUGUCCGCGGACCGGUCAUUGCAUCCCGGCAUCCUGGGUGUGCGAUGGGGACGACGACUGCUUUGACAAGCAGGACGAGGCCGAUUGCCCGCCCGUGUCCUGCCUCGCCAGCCAGUUCAAGUGCGCAGACCUCAAGCAGUGCGUGCAGGAAGCGUAUAAGUGCGACGGCAUCCCGGACUGCAACGAUGGCAGCGACGAGGCGGGCUGCCCAUCACUGGCACCGCACCAGUGCCAACCCGACAAACAGUUCCAAUGCCGCUCCUCCGGGAUAUGCAUUCCUACAACUUGGUAUUGUGAUGGUACGCCGGACUGCGAGGAUCUUUCGGACGAGCCAGCAUCAUGCGGCGCCGUGCAGUGCGCCGCCAACCACUUCCGCUGCGACAACGGCCGCUGCGUGUUCAAGGCCUACGUAUGCGACGGCAACGACGACUGCGGCGACGGCUCCGACGAAGGCCUUCAGCACGCCUGCAAGCCUCCGCCCUUCAGAUGCCCAUCGGGCCAAUGGCAGUGUCCUGGAAUCACCGGUCGGUGUAUUAACAUUACACAAGUAUGCGAUAACAAAGUCGACUGCCCCAAUGGCGCAGACGAAGGUGCCAGCUGUGACUUUGCUGAAUGCGAACACCAAGACGGGCUCUGCUCUAACAAGUGUAAACAGACACCAAACGGCCCGCUGUGCCUGUGCCCGGACGGCGAGGAACUCGACACCGACGGCUACAACUGCAAGGACAUCGACGAAUGCAACCCACCCGGGCUGUGCUCGCAGGUGUGCACCAACACGAAGGGCUCAUACGCGUGCGGCUGCGUCGACGGCUACCGGCUCACCGCCGACAACCGCACCUGCAAGGCGAACAACCACUCCAGCGCGUUCCUCAUCAUCUCGAACCGGCACUCGAUCCUCGUCGCGGACCUCGACGAGCAGGGGCUCGAGCGCGUGCCGAUCAACGUCGAGAACGUGGUCGCGACCGCCUCGAACAUGCACACCGGCACGAUAUUCUGGUCAGACAUGAAGCUGAAACGGAUCUCGCGGCUCGACCGCGGCGGCGAGCCUCGCGCGAUCAUCACGACCGGGCUAGACCUGGUGGAGGGGCUCGCGUACGACUGGGUGGGCGGCAACGUAUACUGGCUGGACAGCAAGCUGGGCGCCAUCUCGGUGGCGCGCGAGGACGGGUCGGCGCGCGCGGCGCUGGUGGCGGGCGGCGUGGCGCAGCCGCGCGGGCUGUGCCUGGACCCGGCGCCGGGCGCGCGGCUGCUGUUCUGGACCGACUGGGGCGAGCGGCCGCGCCUCGAGCGCGCCGGGCUCGACGGCUCCGCGCGCCAGGAGCUCAUCUCCACCAAGAUCUACUGGCCCAACGGGCUCACGCUCGACACGGCCGCGCGCCGCGUCUACUUUGCCGACUCGAAGCUCGAUUUCAUCGACUUCUGCAACUACGACGGUACGGGCCGGCAGCAGGUGCUCGCGGGCAGCCACUACCUGCUGCACCCGCACUCGCUGACGCUGUUUGAGGACACGCUGUACUGGACGGAUCGUCAGCUGAACCGGGUGCUGUCGGCGCACAAGUUCCGCGGCUCGAAUCAGACGGUCGUGUCGCACCUUAUAUCGCAGCCGCUCUCGAUUCACGUGCAUCACCCGUCGCUGCAGCCGCAGUAUCCUUCACCGUGCCGGCCGGACUCGUGCCAGCACCUCUGUCUAUUGAGCCCGAACGAGAGCGUCCCGUACACGUGCAUGUGCAAACCUGGAUUUAAACUGUUGCCAGACGGAAAGUGCAUCGAAGAGGAGCAAUCGUAUCUAAUGGUACUGAAGGGUUCGCAAAUCAUCGAUCUGGCGAUGGACGGCUCGGGUAGAGCAGGACAACUAGACUCAAUUGUCGGCAUUCAAGGUGGCGUUCAGUUGGAAUAUGAUCGUCAAGGUCAUACGCUGUACUGGCUUCAGUCGAUAUCAGGUGACAGCGAGGAUGACGAGAACUGUACGAUCUAUACUAUGCCCUAUGGUGGUGGAAACAAAGCUGAAUUAUUCGGACAAGAUACGGGCAUCGUCGGGGCUCCAUCAGCCAUCGCAUUUGACUGGCUCGGCCGUAAUUUGUACAUGGCCAACCGAGCCGCCAGUAAUAUCGAACUAGUGCGAGUCGACGGCAAAGUGAAGUUCAGGACUAUCGUGAUGGCCAACGACGGCAGCAAAUUCUCUGUAGCUAAACCCAGAGGAAUUUGCCUGGACCCGACCGAAGGAAAAAUGUACUGGACCGAUGAAGGAGGUUAUGGAGUACCCGUAAAAGUCGGCAAAGCCAACAUGGACGGUAGCAAUCCAGUCAUAUUAGUAGACAGCUUCGAGAGGCCAGAGGCCAUCACAAUUGAUAUAGAAAAAAAAAUCGUGUAUUUUAGCACGCAGUUCCCGGCUAGCAUUAUUAGCGUGAAUACCGACGGCAACGACAGAAAGACCAUACUUACUGAAGCUAAUGCUAUAUCAUACCCAAAAGUCAUAGCCGUUCUCGACUCUAGGCUCUAUGUACUCGAUCCACGUCAUGAGAAGAUUAUAAAAGCAGAUCUGCCCAACGGCGAUAAUAUCAAGAGUAUAUUGGAUAACGAGAGUGAUCUCAAAUCAUUGACAAUAUUCCAAAAACGUAAAAUGAUUCACCAUACGUGUGCUACAGCUAAUGGUGGCUGCGAGCAGAUCUGUAUUCCAAGUGAAGGUGGUUCUCGAGUAUGCGCCUGCUCGGUGGGUUAUCGCAAAGAGAACGAAGUGAACUGCGUGCCGUACAAAACCUUUGCCGUAGUCUCUCAGCUCGAUCUUAUUCGCGGCUACAGCCUCGAAACCAGCGCUGAAGCGAUGGUACCUGUGACUGGCCUCGGACACCAUAUUUUACACGUGGACGUCCACUUUGCCGACAAUUACAUCUAUUGGGUCGAGUUUAAUCGAGGGCAGUGGAAUGGUAUAUUCCGAAUUCGACCAAAUGGCACAGAAUUGCAACACGUCAUCCGCGACGGUAUUGGUAGUAAUGGAAUCCGAGGACUGGCUAUCGACUGGGUCGCCGGCAAUUUAUACUUCACUAACGUGUUUCCUCAUGAAAAUUAUGUAGAAAUAUGUUGGUUAGAUGGAUCCCACAGGAAAGUGCUCGUGAAAACAACUAUGGAUGCGCCAAGAGAACUAGCAGUUAAUCCACUGAAAAGAUUGUUGUAUUGGAUCGACUACGGUCAAUAUCCACGUAUUGGAAAGGCGUACCUCGACGGAUCUAACUGGCAGACGGUCGUAAGCUCAGGAAUAUCGAAUCCCAGAGAUUUGACUAUAGAUAUGUUAACUCACGAUGUCUACUGGGUUGAUUCUAAAUUGGACCAAAUUCAAAAAAUAUCCUACAACGGUGGUAACAGGCAACUCAUCAGAUCUAACCUCCCUAAUCCAAUGGGCAUUGCUAUUCAUACUGGAAGCGUAUAUUGGGUAGACAGAAAUUUGCAAACUAUAUACAAAGCUUCAAAAUUACCAGGCAAUAUGUCUAUGCCGGAGAAAGUGAGAACCAAUCUACCCAAAUUAAGAGACAUCGUAAUAUUUGACGUGAAUAAUCAACCUACAGAUGAAAAUAACCCAUGUCGCAAGCUCGGUAAUGGUGGCUGUGAACAGUUAUGUUUCAGUUAUCCGCCUGAAGCAAACAAAGGAUUUACACACAGGUGUGAGUGCGCCACUGGCGAAGUAUCGACUACGAACCCAAAAACUUGUGACGUAGUUGAUGAAUACCUCGUAUUCACCACCAGAACAGAAAUACGCUCUAUUAAUUUAGACCCCAAAUCUACUGGCGUUCCUUUCAAACCUAUAAGUGGCCUGACAAAUGUAGUUGGAGUUGAGUUUGAUUAUGCCGACAAUGUAUUAUUGUUUACACAAAUUAGACCAUGGCCCAGGAUUGCAAUAAUGUCCACCAACAAACCUCUUGAAAAUAGUAGUAUAAGAAGUAUCAUCGAUAAGGGCAUAAAUCCAGAGGGCAUAUCUUACGAUUGGACGCAGAAGAAAAUAUACUGGACAGAUAGUUCGAAUAAUUCAAUUUUCGCAAUGAAUCUCGAUGGCAGUGAUGUAGUAAUGAUCGCACGAGUAGAACGCCCUCGAGCUAUCGUUGUAGAUCCUUGCAAUGGAACUCUUUACUACACAGACUGGGGUAGAUUCGGUACCACAGGUAAGAUAUACAGGACUACAAUGGCUGGAUCACUUAAAAAAGCAAUCAUAGAUAAGGACCUUUCGCAACCUAGCGGUCUUGCUAUAGACUUCGAUGAAAAUAUGUUGUAUUGGAGUGACGCUGUCCGAGAAAAAAUAGAACGAUCAAAACUGGACGGAUCAGAAAGAGAGGUUCUCAUAUCUGCCACUAUCUAUCCAUUCGCUAUUACUGUUUUUAGAAACUAUAUUUACUGGACUGACCUACAGUUACGUGGUGUAUAUCGCGCGGAAAAACACACGGGAGCUAAUAUGGUUGAAAUGGUUAAGAGGCUAGAGGACUCUCCACGAGAUAUUCACGUGUAUAGCAAGAAACGCCAAAUGUGUCAGGCCAAUGCCUGCAGCAUUAGCAAUGGAGGUUGCGCUCAAAGUUGUCAUCCCGCACCUAACAACACAGCCGAAUGUCGCUGUGACGAAAACACGAAACUGGUCAAUGAAGGACGUAUGUGCGUGGCUCGCAACAUUAGCUGCGAUCCUUCCAAAUUUUUCUGUGCAAACGGCAAAUGUAUCAGCCGCAUGUGGUCCUGUGAUGGAGAUGACGAUUGCGGAGAUAACUCUGACGAGGACCGUAACUACUGCGCAUAUCACUCGUGUUCUCCAAAUGAGUUCCGCUGUAACAACGGCCGCUGCAUCUUCAAAUCGUGGAAGUGCGAUCACGAGAACGAUUGUAAAGAUGGAUCCGACGAGGAAGGUUGUGUGUACCCGCCAUGUAUGGAAGGUGAAUUCACGUGCCAUAAUUCUCGUUGCAUACCAAUGUCGCAAGUGUGUAAUGGAAUCAACGAUUGUAAAGAUAAUAUUACAUCCGAUGAAACCCACGAGCGGUGUCCGCGGAAUACCACUUGCCCAGCGAAUCACCUCAAGUGCGAGCGCACCAACAUCUGCGUGGAGCCGUACUGGCUAUGUGACGGUGACAAUGACUGCGGCGAUAACUCCGACGAAGAGCCACUGCACUGCGCUAUGCGCACCUGUCCGCAGAACAGUUUCCGUUGCCCCAACCACCGAUGUAUUCCCGCCACCUGGUACUGUGAUGGCGACGACGACUGCGGUGAUGGCGCCGACGAACCGCCAGAGUACUGCCGUUCUGAGGGCCGCACCUGCUUCGGCGACCUAUUCACAUGCGAUAACGGCAACUGUAUUCCAAGGAUAUACAUAUGCGACGGCGACAACGACUGCCUGGACAGCAGUGAUGAGGACGAUCGCCACCAAUGCAAUGAACGCAAAUGCGAUGCGGAGACAGAGUACACAUGCGAGGAGAACAAGCUGUGGGGUCGUGCGCAGUGCAUCCCGCGUAAAUGGCUGUGUGACGGCGAUCCCGACUGCAUCGAUGGCGCCGAUGAGAACGCCACGUUGCAUCACUGCGCCGCACCAACACCCUGCUCCGAGGAACAAUUCCAGUGCAACAAUGGCCGCUGCAUCAAUCGCGGCUGGAUCUGUGACCACGAUAACGACUGCGGCGACGGCUCCGAUGAAGGCAAGUUCUGCAACAUGCAAUACAAGACCUGCAGUGAUCUCGAGUUCAAGUGUCAGAAUUUCAAGUGCAUUAGAAGUAAAUUCAGAUGUGACGGAGAGGAUGACUGCGGUGAUCACUCGGACGAGGUUGGUUGUGUCAAAGAAAACAAGACAUGCCCCGGAGGUCAAUUUAAGUGUAAUAAUGACCAAUGCAUUGACAGCAGACUCGUGUGCAACAAGGUGGCUGACUGCACUGACGAGUCUGAUGAGCCAGCUCACUGUAACAUCGACGAGUGUGCCAAGCUGGAGAUCAAUCAAUGUGGACAUAAAUGUAUCGAUACGCUAACCGGAUACUAUUGCGAUUGCAAUCAAGGCUAUAAAUUGCUAUCUGACGGCAAAGCCUGUGCCGAUGUCGACGAAUGCAUAGAAACGCCAGGAGUAUGCUCACAAUAUUGCUCUAACACUCCCGGAUCCUACUAUUGUAAAUGCAAUGAACAAUAUUAUGAACGCGAAGCCGACGAACAUACAUGCAAACGUAAAGAUAAUACUUCUGCUUGGGUCAUCUUUACUAACAAAUAUUACGUAAGAAAUAUGUCCACCGAUGCCUCACUCUAUAACCUCGUUCAUCAGGAUUUGAUGAAUGUAGUCGCGGUGGACUUCGAUAUAAAGGAACAAAAGAUGUAUUUUGCCGACGUAUCUGCAAAAACUAUUUAUCGUUCUGAUUAUUCCGACCCAAAUCCUACUAAGGAGGUUGUAAUAAGACACGACUCGCAUGCUCUGGAAGGUAUUGCUGUAGACUGGAUUGGUAGAAAACUGUAUUGGCUCGACAGACAUUCAAAGAAUUUGGACGUGGCUGAACUGGACGGCACUAGGAGAAAAACUCUAAAGACCGGUAUAGCCGACCCAAGAGCUAUUGUCGUUCAUCCCGGUACUGGAUACUUAUACUUUACAUCGUGGCAUCUGCAAGCUUACAUCGGUAAAAUGGGAAUGGAUGGAUCCAAUUUCACAGUUAUAUUAAAUUGGGAACAAGAUAUCGCUUGGCCUAACGCCUUAACAAUAGAUUAUUUCACUGACAGAAUUUAUUGGGCAGACGCUCACUUAGACUACAUCGGCUCCGCUGAUUUAGAGGGCAGACAUAGACACAUUGUUUUGUCUGGUACUAAAGUUCCACACGUAUUCGCUCUUAGCCUAUUCGAUGACGAAAUUUACUGGACUGAUUGGAAUCUCAAAGCUAUAAGUAAAGCAAAUAAACAUUCUGGUGAAAACUUGAUAGUUCUUAGAAAUACUACUCACCGUCCUUACGAUAUUCAUGUUGUUCAUCCAUUGAGACAAUUACCCUAUCCUAAUCCUUGUGGUAAUAAUAACGGUGGUUGUUCCCAUCUUUGUCUUAUAGCCCCACCGCACGAAUCCAGCUACUUGAAUAUCGAGGGUUACGGUGAGGAAGGUACCACUACGUAUAAAUGCGCAUGCCCUAAUCAGUUCUAUUUAGCAAGAGAUAUGAAAACGUGUAUAGCAAACUGUACUGAUGGACAACAUAGGUGUAAUGGCCGCGACGAGAAAUGUAUCCCAUGGUUCUGGAAAUGCGAUGGAGAGAAAGACUGUAUGGACGGAUCCGACGAGCUCGAUACCUGUCCUGUGCGGCACUGCCGUGCUGGUUCUUUCCAAUGCAAGAACACUAACUGUACGCCAGCUGCGACCAUCUGUGACGGCACAGAUGACUGUGGAGAUGGAAGUGAUGAAGCCCAAUGCGCACAUGAAUGUCCAUUACUCGAAUUUAAGUGUAAAUCAAGUGGAAGAUGUAUCCUGGAAAGUUGGAAGUGUGACGGUGAUACAGAUUGCAAGGAUAACAGCGACGAAGAUCCAACUAUGUGCCAUAAUAGGCCUUGUAAUCCUGAUACCGAAUUCUCGUGCAAGAACGGCCGGUGUAUACCUAAAUUAUGGAUGUGUGAUUUUGAUAACGAUUGCGGCGACGAUUCCGAUGAACCUGCUUAUAUGUGUCGUCAAAGAAAUUGUACUACAGGUUGGAGAAGAUGUCCCGGCCAGUCCAAUUAUAGAUGUAUUCCAAAGUGGUUAUUCUGCGAUGGUAAGGACGAUUGCAGAGAUGGGUCAGAUGAACUUCCAGAAAAUUGUCCGAGUUGCAACUCUGAAACCGACUUUACGUGUGAUAAUAAACGUUGUAUACCAAAACAGUGGUUAUGCGAUUUCACUGACGACUGUGGAGAUGGUAGCGAUGAAGCAGAAACCGCUUGCCAACAUAAAUAUAGAGAAUGUUCCGAAUCAGAGUUCAAGUGUGGCAACGGAAAGUGCAUAUCAUCGAGGUGGAGAUGCGACCAUGAAGAUGAUUGCGGAGACAACUCAGACGAAAUGGAUUGUGGUGGAUUCAAGUGUAAGAACGGAACGUUCCAGUGCAAGUCUGGACACUGUAUCGCUGCGUAUUUCAGAUGCGAUGGCGACAGAGACUGUAGAGAUUUGUCCGAUGAGAUUGGCUGUCCACCAAGAUUUCCGGGCGGAAAAUACUGUCCUGAAAGCCGGUUCCAAUGCGCGAACAAUCUGUGUGUGUCGCAAUCAGACCUGUGUGACGGCACGGAUGACUGCGGCGACGGGUCCGACGAGGCAGCCUCUAUCUGCACCAACUUUAAUUGUGACACGCUGCGGCGUUUCCAUUGCGACAAUCACAGAUGCGUACCCAGGUACCAGGUGUGCGACGGCGUAGACAACUGCGGUGAUGGCUCGGACGAGAACAACAUGACGCUAUGCGCAGCGCGCGCGCGGCCCUGCGAUCCCGCGUCGCAGCUCGCGUGCGCCAACCGGCGCUGCGUGGCGCGCGCGCAGCUCUGCGACUACGCCGACGACUGUGGCGACGCCUCCGACGAGCUCGGCUGUCACCGCGACCGCACCUGCGACCUCGACGACAAAGGUGGCUGCGAGCACUUCUGCACGAACCUGACACAGCCGGGCGGCGGCUACAUCUGCUCGUGCUUCCAGGGAUGGAUCAUCUCGCCGGCUGACAAAAAGCGUUGCGUCGACGUUGACGAGUGCGCGACCGGCACGCACCACUGCUCACACAUCUGUACCAACAUCAACGGCAGCUACAGCUGUAGCUGCCGCGAGGGAUUCAGGUUGGCGGACAACUUGUCAGGCGUUUGCAAAGCGACCGAGAGCGAGGUAGUACUGAUGUUCGCGAACGGACCUGAAAUACGUGCUUUCAUUCAAGAUAAGAACGAGGAGUUCGACGUGAUUACUUCGGAGAAGAGAAUCGAGGCUAUCGACUAUGACCCCAAGAACGAGAUGGUCUUCUGGGCUGACAGCUACGACAAAACUAUCAAGCGCUCGUACAUGGUCAACGCGAUGGGAGGCCAGGUGAAGACCGGGUUCGCCCAGGACCUCAACAUGAAAGGAAACGCGAAGCCCACUGCGCUCGCGGUCGACUACGUCGGAGACAAUCUAUACUGGACCGAGACCGACAGGACGGGCUCGAAGCCGAGAGGACGAGUCAUGGUGGCGAGGACCGACGGCAGAUACCGGCGAGCCCUCGUCUCAGCGGGCAUCGAAACUCCGACGUCUCUGGUCCUCGAUCCUCAAAUGGGUAGAAUGUUCUGGGCGGACGCAGGCUCGGCACCGAAGAUAGAAAUAUCGUGGAUGGACGGUUCGAAGAGGAGACCCGUCGUCACGGAGAACAUCAGGCACCCGACCGGCUUAACUAUCGAUCAGGCAAUGGACCAUUCUAUCUACUGGGCCGACACGAAGCUGAACACUAUAGAGACGAUGAGACACGACGGCUCUAACCGGAAAGUGAUACUGCGGGGUGAGACGCUGAAGCAUCCGAUCUCACUGGACGUGUUCGAGUCGUCGUUAUAUUGGGUGACGCGCGACACCGGCGAGCUCAUCCGCCAGGACAAGUUUGGCCGCGGGGUGCCGUUCGUCAUUUCUAAAGAUCUAGUCAACCCAUCCUCUGUGAAAGUGUACCACCCGCGGCGGUACGAGCGGGCGGGCGGCGCGGGCGGCAUGUGCACGCGCGCGCCGUGCUCGCACCUGUGCCUGGCGGUGCCGGGCGGGCGGCGCUGCGCGUGCCCCGACCUGCUGCCGCCGCCCAAGCGCGCCGCGCUCGACCGCGCCUGCGACGCUGCGGUGGAGUCGCCGCGAGCGCUGCCGCGCGUGUGUCCGUGCGAGAACCAGGGCCGCUGCGAGGAGGACGAGCAGGGCGCGCUGGUGUGCGUGUGCCCGGCGCCGCUGCAGCCGCCGCGGUGCGCGGGCGACGCGGCCGGCGCGGGCGCGGCGCGCGGCGCCGCCGCCGCCGUGCUCGUGCCCAUCGUGCUCGUGCUCGUGCUCGUACUUGGCGCCGCCGCCGCCUGGUUCUUUAUUAGGAAGAGGCCGUUCGGUAAAGGCGGCGGUCUCGGUAGUCUAGCAUCGUCACAGAGCGUGUCGUUCCGUCAGGGCUCCAACGUGGAGUUCGGUGGCGUGGCCGAGCCGGCUUACACACUCGAGGACACCGGCCGCAAGGGACGCGAUUUCAGUAACCCCAUGUACGAGGCCGUCACGCGAGCCCAGGCCGCCGGCGAGCCAGACCCGCCCCUUCCGGGGAUCUACGAGGUACCAGAUGAAAUAAAGGAGAAGGUGGCAUCCGCGGUGAUCUCCCCGUCGUCGACGGAGACGCGGGGCGGCAAUCUCGGCGGCGCGGGGCGGCCGCGCGCGCUGGACCCGGCGGCCGACACGGGCGCCGACACGGCGCAGCUGGUGCGCGAGGACCGCGACUGCUAGCCGCCGGCGCGUGCGCGCGCCCGCCGCGCGCCGCCCGCGCCCUCCGCGCCCCUCGCGCCCCUCGCGCCCCUCGCGCCCCUCGCGCCCCUCGCGCCCCUCGCGCUGCGCCCCUCUCGCCUCCCCAAGUACCUCCCGCUGCCCUCGAUACGGGUCAUCGACUAGCGUCGCCGAGCCUCGCCGUCGUAUCUCUUCCUCUGAGACUUCCUUUCCAGCUGUCGCUUCUUGUUUCCCGACUCGGCAGCGCCGAGCCUUUCCGUCCGGGCCGGCCGGCGGGCCCCGCGCGGAGCUCGCUCUAGUUAUAGUCGUAGUGCGUAAGUAUGACUCAGGAAUUGCGCCCGUCGACGGCGACGGGGCCGCCUCUCGUUUUCGAUCGAUUUGACAAUAAGCAAUAAUAUGUGUACUGUCUGUCUAGGGAGUAAUUUAUUUAUUUCGGUUUAAGACUAUGUAAUAUAUAGCUACGUUGUGUUUUAUAAUUGUCUAUUAAACUUUUAGAUUUUGUGGAAUCGAUUGACGAUUUGCCAUAACGUGUGAGAUAAUGUUUUCUGUUGUUUAAUUUUAAAUAAUUAGUAAACUCAUCGGUUUUGUUAAAUAUGAACCUCUACGAAUUGUAAAUAUGUGCGUUCAGACUUGUGAUGUACAUUUUAAUAGGCGAAAUUAAAUAGUAUCUUUAUAUUGUUAUACGAAUUAAUUAAUAUAUUAAAAUAACUAUGUACCAUAAAAUAUGAUAGGCGAAGAUGACUUCUGUGAAUAUAUCAUUACAUCACAUUAUAUAUUGUAUUGUAUAAAUAUAAAACAAACUUGAAAGAGAAUUGAUAAUGUAAAAAAUAUAAAUUUGUCAAUAUUAUAUAGAUAAGGAGAUGAAAUAUUUUUAUAUUGGGAUUAUUAUAAAUAUUAGACAGUUGUCUGACAUAGUUGAAAAACAUUCUGUAAAAAUACACUAAAAUGAAAAUA